GGACAGCGUGGAGGCCGUCGGGGAGCAGCUGAAAGUCUACCACCAGCAGUACCAGGACAAGAGCCGGGAGUAUGAUCUCCUCUACGAGGAAUAUACCCGCACCUCCCAGGAGCUGCAAAUGAAGAGGACGGCGAUUGAGGCCUUCAACGAGACCAUCAAGAUCUUCGAGGAGCAAUGCCAGACGCAGGAAAAAUGCAGCCGCGACUACAUUGAGCGCUUCCGGAGGGAGGGCAACGACAAGGAGAUACAGCGCAUCCUGAUGAACUCGGAGAAGCUGAAGUCUCGCGUGGCCGAGAUCCACGACAGCAAGAUGCAGCUGGAGGAGGACCUGAAGCAGCAGGCGUCCGAGAACCGGGAGAUUGACAAGCGCAUGAACAGCCUCAAGCCAGACCUGCUGCAGCUGCGGAAACUGCGGGACCAAUACUUGGUGUGGCUGACCCAAAAGGGGACCCGGCAGAAGCAGAUCAACGAAUGGCUGGGGAUCAAGAACGAGACGGAGGACCACUACUCCAUGAUGGAGGACGAGGAGGAACUUCCGCACCACGAGGAGCGGACUUGGUACGUGGGCAAGAUCAACCGCACGCAGGCCGAGGAGAUGCUGGCGGGCAAGAGGGACGGGACCUUCCUCAUCCGGGAGAGCAGCCAGCGAGGGUGCUACGCCUGCUCCGUCGUGGUCGACGGCGACACCAAGCACUGCGUCAUCUACAAGACGGCCACGGGCUUUGGCUUCGCGGAGCCCUACAACCUCUACGCCUCGCUCAAGGAACUGGUCUUGCACUACAAACACACCUCCCUCGUGCAGCACAACGACUCGCUCAACGUCACCCUGGCGUACCCCAUUUUCCCGCUGCCCCCCAGAUGAAGACCGUGGCUCCAAAG